AUGAGGCGCUGGUGCAGCAGCUGGAGCAGCGCAUCUUCUCUGAGCUCACCAGCAAGUCCCAGAUCAACAUCACCAGACCGCAGAUCAACAUCAGCAGAUAAGCCACCUUCAAUAUCAGCAGCACACGGGUCCGUAUGUCAUCACACCCAUCACUCCCCUUCCCUCCCUCCCCUUCCACCCAUCACUCCUUCCCUCCCUCCCCUUCCACCCAUCACUCCCCUUCCCUCCCUCCCCUUCCACCCAUCACUCCCUCCCUCCCUCCCCUCCACCACACACACUCCCCUUCCCUCCCUCCCUUCCACCCAUCACUCCCCUUCCCUCCCUCCCCUUCCACCCAUCACUCCCCUUCCCUCCCUCCCCUUCCACCCAUCACUCCCCUUCCCUCCCUCCCCUUCCACCCAUCACUCCCCUUCCCUCCCCUCCCCUUCCACCCAUCACUCCCCUUCCCCUCCCCCCCUUCCACCCAACACUCCCCUUCCCUCCCUCCCCUUCCACCCAUCACUACUCCCCUUCCCUCCCUCCCCUUCCACCCAUCACUCCCCUUCCCUCCCUCCCCUUCCACCCAUCACUCCCCUUCCCUCCCUCCCCUUCCACCCAUCACUCCCCUCCCUUCCUCCCUCCCUCCCCUUCCACCAACACUCCCCUUCCCUCCCUCCCCUUCCACCCAUCACUCCCCUUCCCUCCCCCCCCCCCCUUCCACCCAUCACUCCCCUUCCCUCCCUCCCCUUCCGCCCAACACUCCCCUUCCCUCCCCCCCCCUUCCACCCAUCACUCCCCCUUCCCUCCCUCCCCUUCCACCCAUCACUCCCUUCCCUCCUCCCUCCCCUUCCACCCAUCACUCCCCUUCCCUCCCUCCCCUUCCACCCAUCACUCCCCUUCCCUCCCUCCCCUUCCACCCAUCACUCCCCUUCCCUCCCUCCCCUUCCACCCAUCACUCCCCUUCCCUCCCUCCCCUUCCACCCAUCACUCCCCUUCCCUCCCUCCCCUUCCACCCAUCACUCCCCUUCCCUCCCUCCCCUUCCACCCAUCACUCCCCUUCCCUCCCUCCCCUUCCACCCAUCACUCCCCUUCCCUCCCUCCCCUUCCACCCAUCACUCCCCUCCCUCCCUCCCCUUCCACCCAUCACUCCCCUUCCCUCCCUCCCCUUCCACCCAUCACUCCCCUUCCCUCCCUCCCCUUCCCACCCUCACUCCCCUUCCCUCCCUCCCCUUCCACCCAUCACUCCCCUUCCCUCCCUCCCCUUCCACCCAACACUCCCCUUCCCUCCCUCCCCUUCCACCCAUCACUCCCCUUCCUCCCUCCCCUUCCACCCAACACUCCCCUUCCCUCCCUCCCCUUCCACCCAUCACUCUCCCCUUCCCCUCCCUCCCCUUCCACCCAUCACUCCCCUUCCCUCCCUCCCCUUCCACCCACACACUCCUUCCCUCCCUCCCCUUCCACCCAACACUCCCCUUCCCUCCCUCCCCUUCCACCCAUCACUCUCUCCCCGUCCCUCCCUCCCCUUCCACCCAUCACUCCCCUUCCCUCUCUCCCUUCCCCCCAUCACUCCCCUUCCCCUCCCCCCUUCCACCCAACACUCCCCUUCCCUCCCUCCCCUUCCACCCAUCACUCCCCUUCCCUCCCCCUCCCCUUCCACCCAACACUCCCCUUCCCUCCCUCCCCUUCCACCCAACACUCCCCUCCCUCCCUCCCCUUCCACCCAUCACUCCCUUCCCUCCCUCCCCUUCCACCCAACACUCCCUUCCCCUCCCUCCCCUUCCACCCAUCACUCCCCUUCCCUCCCUCCCCUUCCCCCCAUCACUCCCCUUCCCUCCCUCCCCUUCCCCCCAACACUCCCCUUUCCCUCCCCUUCCGCGCUCCACUCCCCUCCCCUUUCCCUUUCCACCCAACACUUCCCUUCCCCUACCACCCACCAGGUCCUCGUCUCUGCCAUCAGCAGCCCCUCCUCUCUCUCCCUCCCUCGCCUCCACCUUUGCCUUGGAACAUGCAGGCCACCAUUCCACGCUCAUCAUCACCGUCCUCUUCUUGCCACCAGAGGGCAACAAACACCUGCUGGUGGUGGUCCCCUCGCAUCACACCACAGCUGGUGGUGGUCCCCUCGCAUCACACCACACCACAGGCCACAUGGCAUCCCCAAAGCCCACCACCCACGAAUCAAAGACUUGA